AUGCCGACUUCGGGCACGCUCGCGAUCAAGGUGCACGGCAUCGAGGCCUCGUUCGGCGACGAGGAGCUGGCCGGCAAGAAGCUGGCCGUGCGCUUCGCAGUGGGCAAGGCCGAGCACGUGACCAAGUUCAAGAAGCACGACGCCCCCAUCGACGAGCACGCGACGCUCCACGUCAUGAACGCCCCCGCCGACGCGCAGCUCACCAUCGAGCUGCUGCAGGAGAAGGGCAAGAAGCCGCUCGUGACGACGCAAAAGUCGCUGGCCGAGUACCAGAACAACGCGCAGAACCGCAAGAUGACGUUCACGUUCGGUGCCAAGGCCGCGCCCAGCACGGCGCUGCUCGCGUACAGCGCCGAGUGGCGCUCGAGCGAGACGACGCUGACCAACUUCGAGACCCACCGCCCGUGGUUCAUGCGCGUGGGCUACUACUACGACACGACCAAGAACGUGUACAACUACACCACGAGCUUCCGCGUCGUGGCCCCGUUCGCGCGCUUCGGCGAGAACACGGCCAACACGGUCGUGGAGAAGGUGAGCGGCAAGUCGCUGCACGAGAUCGACGAGGCCUGGGUCGGCCCGGGCCUCAACGCCCUGGACGACAAGGUGGACGCCACCAUCUCGUCCGUGGCCACGACGCUCUACUCGGGCCAGCAGUACGCGCUCAAGAAGAAGGACGAGGCCGUCGACGUGGCCUCGACGGUGGUCAAGAAGACGGGCGAGACCGUCUCGACCGCCGUGGGCGCCACCGUGCACACGGCCGCCAACGUCAAGGACUACACGACCGAGAAGGUGGUCUCGGCCACGUCGGCUGUGUACGGCACCGUGGCCAGCGUGGCCGACUACACCAAGACGCAGGUGGUACACGCCUCGUCGUCGACGUACGGCACCGUCAAGGGCGUGACCCUCACGGCGCUGAGCUACGUGCCCGUGAUCGGCCCCAAGAUCGCGGUCUAA